AUACUUGAUAUGACCCUAAAACUAAAAGUAAUCUAUCAGAAGGCUUUCUGCUCAUUGCCGCAGGCGCAGGGGCCGAGCGAUGUUGGCUAAAUCAAAAUGAGUAAGACUGGCUCGCUAGCCAGGAGGUCGGUGUGGUUUCCCCUUUGUCAGUGGUGCUGGAUGGAGAGCCUGACAAGGACAGCUGUCUAGUCAUUCGGAUGGGAUGAGAAACCAAGGUCCUGUGUUCACAUUGGAGUGCACGUAAAAGAUCCCUUGGCAGUGGGAAUUCAAUAUAAGAACAUAUUAUUAAUGCCAGAUAAAAAACAAAGAACUAAUAAAGAAAUGACAGUAAAAGUAGACAUUAAAGUUUCAACAGAUCAACUUGCCCGUCAUGGAACCCCACUGGAAAGAUUUCGACCAGGCUAUUUGUGGGUUUCUGACUUGACUAAACAAAAUUGGUGUGAACAACAACUGUACUAUUCGUUUACCAUGUCUGGUAUUAUAGAAGUAAACCCUGUCGUACAAAAAGUUAUGACAGAAGGAUCAAAUCUUCACUUAGCAAGAGAGUUGGCAGUACAUGAUACUGUUCCUGUUAAGGUUACAUCAAAUGAAGAUAUAUGGGCUAUAAAAGUCAUCAACUUAUUGAAUGCUGUCCAAGGAUUUCUCAAUGGUGUCACACUAGCUCGGGAAGUACCUAUUUUUGGAGCUCCCUUUCAGCAGGAUGUGUUUUUUGUGGGUUUAAUAGAUGAGUUACGGUUUGAUCCCGAAUCUUAUAACAUUGAUUUAUUAGAACUAAAAACAAAGGCCUUCAAAUCCCCACCCAGUAAAGCUCAAAAAUCACAACACAGGCUACAGGUGCUUUUAUAUAAAAAGCUAUUUGAUGACUUAGUAAAAGGGAAUUUAUCAAAAGAGACUGUUGCCAAACAUUUGCGACUUGAUCUGAAAAGAGAUUUUGGCGAGGCUGUGUCACUGGAACUGACCAAACAUUUGGUUGAGUUCCAGAAUUUGGAUGGACUUUUGGACCAUCUGUUUCAAAGAAUGCAAUGUUUGACGUGUGUCAGUCAAUUACAUAUUGAGUAUGUCCAUCAAGAAAGUAAACAAACUUUGUAUCAUCAUACAGAGGACUAUGAUGAUGAUGAUCUCUCUAAUAUUUUCGAAGAUUACUUGAAAUUUUGGAGAGGUCAAAGGCCAAUUGCUGGUGUGGAUAUUGAAGAAGCAUGGAAAUGCCAGAAGUGUGAUUUUGCUGACAUUUGUGAGUGGAGAGCAAAAAAAUCAGAAGAAUAUUCUUCAAAAAAUAAAGCUAAAAUAAAAUAAUUUAAUAAGCGAGAGAGAGAUGGGGUUUAACAGCCACUCAACACAGACUAGGUCAUUUCAAGACUAAAAUGGUUCAAUUUUAUUUUAAUAAUUUGCUUGUGGAUAUGGUUCUUUAGCAGUGAUCGGAAACUGGCAACCCCACAGGGUUGGACAGACGACCCAACGCCUUGUCACCCACCUACAAGUGGGGAAUCGAAACCACAUCACUGACUCAAUGACAAAUCUUAUGAUCUAAAGCAUGCACAUUAAACCAUUUGCCCCCACCCCCCCAACAUUACAAACCACACACACUUAAUAAUCACUGAAAUGUCAAAAAAGUUUAAAUAAUCUUAUGUAACAUGAAAUAAUGCGGCAUUCUGUGGGCCAGUCACAAUUAUACUUAAGUUAACAUACUGUCACUCCUGCACACCUUAUGAAACACAAAAAUGGUGCCACCAAUUGAUCAAUGUUCAAAUAUGGUGUAGAUGUUUGUUAUGUGAAUGUCUUGACCAUGUUUAGCAAUGUGAUUGGCCGAGACUUUAGAACACAAUAACUCUAAAUGAGUAGGGAUGAUGAAACUUGGUGUAAAAUACAAUAAUAAUUUUCUGCUUUUGUUAAGCAGAGUGAUAAACAAUUUGAUUGCGAACUAGCUCACAUCUUUUAAAUUCAGACACUGUCAUUUUAAGCUCUGUGAAUAAAAAUAAUUGAAUUGUGAA